AAGGUCACGGAUUAUCUGCACCUGAGCUCCGGCUGCGAGGAUCGACUCGCUCUGUGAUCUACAGGCGCUGCCUGCAUGUGUGUGUGACAGAAAAGAGAGAAGGCUGAUUCACAAAAUGAUGCAAAGUCAGCGACGCCCACCCAGCUGGUCAUGUGACUUCUUCCUGUUGAUUGGGCUUUAAAUCACCUUCAUCUCCUCAGAAAUAGAACCACAGCAGGAAUAGCAGCCAGAAGAGGUUCUUGUCGGAGCAGCUGAGGAUUGUGGGAGUUUCAGUGCAGAUUUUUCUUCUUCUUCUCUUCAGUGACAGCAGCAGGAUGUUUGGCAGGUUGCUGCUCUGCUGCUGGUCCUUCAGUCUGCUGCGGCUCUCCUCCUCUCUGGUUCAUGGGGGUAUCCAACUGAAUGACGGCCCGGUUCGCGGUCUCCAUACCGACACCUCUUACCUUACUGACAUCGAUAGAGGCCACGCCUCCAACCCUCUUCAGGAAACCGGCCUCCUGUCUGUAGACUCAGAGGAAGACCGCUUCCUGAUGGAGGCAGGCUCCAACAAUGAGGAUUUGUCUGCGCUGCAGCUGCAGGGCCGAGCUGUGCGCUCCCCUCGCCGCUGUAUCCCUCACCAGCAGUUCUGUCUGGGUUACUCGCUGCCCUGCUGCGACCCCUGCGACACCUGCUACUGCCGCUUCUUCAACGCCAUCUGCUAUUGCCGUCCCGUGGGCCAUACCUGCCCACACAGAGGCACCUGAGCACAGUUCAUGAUGUUUUGAUCCAUUUGGUUACACCUGGUCCUGUAAAAUAAACUGAAAGUGUGUUCUGAUGGAUUUGUCUCCUCUAAGGAUGCUGUGUAACUGUAAGAACUGAAGAUGAAUAAACAUAUUUAUUUCUCUUAUGUGAUGAGAUUCUGUAUAGUGGUAACUGCAUAUGAACAGUUUGCUGCAGCUUGAAAUAAAUAUUUAAUGUUU